CACAUGUUCUGGGUGGUACGUAACUGCAGCCGGUUUGUCCCUUAAGAGCCUGGAAUAAAGCAGGAAGAGAAAAGCAAGACGGCUUUCCUCAUUGGCACCUUUUGAUGGCAACUGUAUGCAGACGUCCAAGUUUCACAGAGCUGGUCUUCAGGCUGCCAUGACAAGGCUGCAUACGUUAACGUUCCCCAAAACUGGACCCAGUCAUAGAAGCUUCUGAGUAAAUAAAAGGGCUGCAGGUCUCAUGAGAACGUUCUAAGAGCUGCAUGAUUGACCUAAGGAGGCCUGCACGGUGAAGCUGAGGCAACCACCUUGAGGCUGGGGUAAGAGGAGAUGAACAUCUGCAAUAAACCGCCUAAUAAGACAGCUCCAGAGAAGACAAGCGAUGAAGCAGCUCCUGAGGCCCAGUCCCAGCAUGCCCGGAGAAACGGCUGGAGCUGGCCGCCCCACCCGUUCCAGUUUGUUGCCUGGCUGCUCUACCUCUUCUUUGCCCUGGUCGGCUUCGGCAUCCUCGUGCCGCUCCUGCCUGUUCACUGGGUUCCUGCUGGGUAUAUCUGUCCAGGAGUCUUUUUCCUCUGCCAUCUAAUAGUUCAUCUUACAGUGGUUUCCAUCGACCCAGCCGAUGACAGCGUGCGUGAGAAGAAUUACCGGGGGCCCCUCUCCACGUUCAAUCGUAGCCAGCAUGCUCAUGUCAUUGAGAACCGCCACUGUCACAUCUGUGAUGUGAGCGUGAGCUCCCGAUCCAAGCACUGCGGGACCUGCAACAAGUGCGUGCGCGGAUUCGAUCACCACUGCAUGUGGCUCAACAACUGUGUGGGGGAGAGGAACUACUGGCUUUUUCUGAACAGUGUGAUAUCAGCCAUUGUGGGCCUUCUCCUUUUCCUGCUCAUCGCUUUCUACGUCUUUGUGGAGUUCUUCCUUAACCCCAUGAAACUGCGCACCGACCAGCACUUUGAAGGUUUAAAGAACCAAACGGACGUGUGGUUUGUGUUCCUUCCUGCUGCUCCCGUUGAGACCCAGGCCCCUGCCAUCUUGGCCCUGGCUGGCAUCCUGAUCUUCCUGGGGCUGCUGACUCUGUUCCUGUUGGGCCACCUCCUCAUCUUCCACAUUUAUCUUAUUUGGCACCGAAUGACUACCUAUGAAUACAUUGUGCAGCAGCGCCCACCCCGGGAGAUGAAGGAGCCCGACAAGCAGCUGGAAUCCUGCCCUCCCCAAGUGAGGCGCAUCCAGGAAAUGCAGUUUUACGCAGGGAGUCUUGGAUAUACCAACCCUGAAGUUCCGAGGGAGGAUUCAGGAUUAGCCUCUGGGAAAGACCUACCAAAGUUCUGCAUGCGCAACGAUGGCUCAGACUCUAAGUUCAUCCUGUCCCCUGAACCGUCAGAGACGCAAGUCGGAAUCCCGCCACAGAAGAAGAAGAGGAAGAAGAGGAAGAGGCACAAGGAGCCCUCUUCUCUGGCAGAGGAAAGGUCCAAGGCGAUGGUCGCCCCCUGGUCUUCUCUUCCAGUUUUACAGCAAGAACUGACAGCCACGGCCGCCACCUCCUCAGCCUCCUCAGCCUCCAGCCUUCGCCUCCCCAUCCCAGCUCUCCCUCCCCAAGUAGCCACGCCCCCAGGCAGCAGCGGUCCGGUCCAGGCGGCAGGCCCUCCAGCCGAUUACCAUUCCGAGUCGGCCGAAUCCAUGGACGAGAUCCCCGUGGCCCAGACCCGCCUGGGAAGCAGUGCCCCUAACGGAGCUUCCAAGAGCCACCUGAGUGGCGCUCGGCACCUCCCGGUCCCCGGAGCCCCUUCCCAAGGGGGAGGAGAGGAGCGCCAGAACUCUGGGUGCAAAGCCAAGAGGAGGAACUGGCCGCCAUCUGCACCGCCACCGGAGGACGAGGAGCUGGAACUGUCCUUUCAGGUCCCCACCGUGUUUGUGAGCACGAGCAGCGGGGAGCUGCCCGUCCCCAACUCCUCCUGGUCUGGUGAAUCCUCUGAACCCCCUCACAGAAAAUGCUCCAGCAAACGGCACGUGGACGACCAGGACUUCCACGUAUGGGACACAAGCACCAGUACAACUGCAGCAUAGCCCCCCCCUCCCCCAACAUCCAAGGGGAAAAGCAAGGGGGGGGUAUAAGGUGCUCACUCUCCCAAAUAUAUUUGUGUCCGAGGAUUUAAAAACGAGUGAUCUAUCUUGCUUGCAGGCCUUGACUCCUCCGUGCCUGCCCUCUUAUUGCAGGCUGGGGUGUGUGCGUUCUGUUACUUUUCUGGCUCCCGCAGCAGAGACACAAACGCCUUUGGGUCAAUAGCUGCCCCGGGGCAUGAGUCUUCCCUCAAGUGCUGUGUAUCAAAGAAGUGGAGAAAUAAUGUUUUU